GCGCGCGCGUAUACAUGGGUUCAAGCAAAUAAGCAAGACGACAGCGAGUCUGCGACAGCGCGAACGAGCGCUGCCUUCACGCCGUCGCUCAGGACACGCACACAAUGCAUGCUGCUCUCAGGCACACCAGAGCGCCCGUCGUCAGACGGAUGGCGAGCGAACUGGGCUUCAAGCCUGUCGUCAAACGCAUGAUGACGACCGAAGGGCUCGGGUUCAAGGACUUCAUCCGCAUGUCGCAAGUAAAAGCGCAGUAUCGCGAGAUGCUGCGCCUGGCGCGGCGCUACGCAAAAGCGAGACCGGCGGCCGGCGCCGACGUGCUCCGCCAAGUCAGAGACGGCUACCGGCGCCACCGCUCGGAGAGGGACGGCUUCGCCGUGGCCCAGCUCAUCUCUGGUGGGAGGGCGUCGCUGCGCGAGCUCCGGGCGCUCGCGGCGGGCGCGGACGAGGCGGGUCCAGUUGAUGAGUACGAGGUCGGCACGGACUGGCCUUGGGGGAAGGAGCAGUCCUCUCCGGUUCCGCCGAAGCCGCUGGGCCUGCCGCGGCGAUGACGGUUACGUAGCGGUGGCGUCCUGCGUGUGCACGUGUGUCGCGUCGACAGCGUGCCGGUGGGGCAGAAAAACUCUUGACGUCGCGAGCCUCAACGCCAUCGAGGCGACGCGACGCGUCGACGGGGCGACGGCGUUGUGG